AUGCUUGUAAUUAGCAGUAUUCUACGAGAAAUCUGUCCCAUUUUGCAGCGUGGCCGUGAACGUCCAUCCCUGUUCCCGAACGGAAUCAAUCCGCUUGAUGCAGCUGCCGAGAGAUUCGCAAAACCGGUGCCAACAGCUGUUUUUGCUGCGCGUGCGCAAUCAAUAGGGCCUGCAGGAUUGGCAGGAAUUGUUCCGGUGACACUUUUGAGUACACCUUCAUCCAUACUGAAACAGAAUAAAUUGACGCUGGAUCUGAAACUGGAAUUUUAUGAAAUGCUGGCACCGUUAAGAGCGUUACCUGAGCAUAUUUUCGAUAAUUUGGAAGUAGCAGUGAAAGCUGUUUCGUUGGAAAAGAGACUGAAAGGCGGUGAAACACAUAACGACCGGACUUCUUGUUUUUCGAGGCAUACAGUUGCCGAAAAACCUCAACAAACCAAAACUGGGAACAGGUCGACGGACUGCAUCGCAUUGCGAACAAGACGAAAAAGUCGUUUAUCACAAGUAUGCGAAGAAACGGUAAGUUGGCUUGCACUUCAGUGGAAAGACCAAUUUUCCGCUUGCCUCCAAAAACAGUUCUAUUAA